UUGGUCUUGGAGUUAAUGGACGGAAGCAGCGAGAUCUGUUCUGUGUUUCAGUACAACGGUGUGUGCUUGCAAGGCCCCAGUGGUGUUCCUGGACGGGAUGGAAACCCGGGAGCCAACGGGAUCCCUGGGACACCUGGGAUCCCAGGACGGGACGGGCUGAAGGGGGAGAAGGGCGAGUGCAUGCGUGAGAGCAUCGAGGAGUCCUGGACACCCAACUUCAAGCAGUGUUCAUGGAGUGCUCUUAAUUAUGGCAUCGAUCUUGGGAAGAUAGCAGAAUGUACAUUUACAAAGAUGCGCUCGAACAGUGCCCUCCGUGUUCUCUUCAGUGGAUCACUUCGGCUAAAAUGCAAAAAUGCCUGUUGUCAGCGCUGGUACUUUACUUUUAAUGGAGCAGAAUGUGCUGGGCCACUUCCUAUUGAAGCUAUAAUAUAUUUAGAUCAAGGAAGCCCAGAGCUGAAUUCUACUAUUAAUAUACACCGAACUUCUUCAGUGGAAGGUCUGUGUGAAGGGAUCAAUGCCGGCUUGGUGGAUAUUGCCAUCUGGGUGGGGACUUGCUCAGAUUAUCCACGGGGAGAUGCUUCUACUGGAUGGAAUUCAGUCUCCAGAAUCAUCAUUGAAGAACUGCCAAAAUAACUUUCUCUCCCUUUUUAUAAUCUCUUCCUUUUUAAAAAAUUUUGUACAAUUUUCUUCAGAAUUUAUUUCUAUAGAGUUGGAUGCAAGCAUUUGACAGAAACGAACCAAACUCUUGCAUCUGUAGUCUUCGUCUAGCCUUUUUUUGCACGUCGCAGAGGCUUUUUAUAAUAAUCAUUUUAGAAUAUAAAUAUCAAACCCAAGUUCAUAAACUUUUUUAAUUCCUUGUUUGACAUAUGAAAAUAUACACCAUCAUUUAAAGAAUUAACUGUAACUUUUUGUAUCAAAUAAAUAAAACCUUUAAAAAAAAUCCAGGCAAUUUUAUUGAUCAUCAAACUGUUUACGGUUAUUUUACAGGGUGUUAUGAUACACAAUUUUUUUAGAAGACUUCAUAGAAAGUUCUAAGAAAGUAAAGUCGGGUCUUGGCUUUAAGUCUUCAGAAAACCUAUGUAACAUUUACUCCCAGGAUGCUCUGCUGUUAUAGUCUUAAGUCUCUCAACAAAUACCUGGUGACUUAACUGUGACCUAAACGAUGUUAAACCUAAACUGACGUAAACCUUAACUGUAACCGUAAGUGUUAAAUACCUAAUUCUGAAUAGCUAAGUAAAAAUAAACUAUCUAAGGUCUCCAUUCCUCUUCUGCUUCCUGACAGACUGGAUUUCAGUAUAAAUAUCUAUUAUUGGUCUCUACUAUUAGCAUGCAUAUACUAAAUAAUUUUACAGUUUCAAAACUUAGUUUCAUUGCUCCAAUAAAGUAAUUCUCCUGGAUUUAGCCUUUCAGAUAUGUGCACUCACUUUGGUGUUAACUAAAAGCUAGAUAUAUUAAAUAGUUUGGAAGAUACAGAAAUAUGGCAGGUUGAAAUGCCUUGGCUUUCAAAAAAUGUACUGGUAAAGUGAAAGAAUGAUGUCACAGCUAUUUGACCGCAGCUUCCAGCCUGGACAAGUGACAACACUGAUCAUGCCAACACAGCAUUAGCUUCAGUGCUUUAAGUAUUUUCUUCCAAAUGCAACAAGUGAUAUACUCAAAUAUUUUUUAAAAAUUGUAGCCUCUAAAGGAAAACAACAGUCAUGUUUAUAUCACAAAAUAAAUUUUGCAUUAACAAAAUAACCCAAGAAAUAGCAUGUACAACAUGCAAAGUCUACACUCUUCCCAGAAAUUAAAAGAAAAAAAACCCCAUUAAAUCUGAGAUAAGGAAUUAAUUUCAGUUAUUUAGGAUUAAAUCUCAUCUUUUUUUCAGGUUGUAAUAUUUUCCUCAGGCAUCCCUCAAAUUGGUAGCUCUUGUCAAGAAUGCCAGAGGAACACACCUGCAGCUCGGAGAGCAUUCAGGCUUUCCCAACUGCAAGUUUAUGUGUGAUAUUGCUGCAAGCCAGCAAAUUAUACAGCUGGCAUUUUGUCUCCGAAGAACUGUGCUGUUUUCAUUGGCUUAUAUGAUGGGUUUUAAGGUAUCUGAAAACAAACAAGUUACUAUGAGCUAAGCUACGGUGUGAAUUUACAACAUGUCAGUUAACAUACAGUAACUGAUUGUGUAGAUGUACGUAGCCUGUCUUUGCAUUUAUCCUGGAGCAUAAGUAGGCUGUUCUGGGCCUAGAGCACACUAAUCCAGGGUAGUAAGUGCACAACUUUUACUCUUUUUGUACAUUCAUGUCUUCACAACAUUUUUUGGAUCCUGGAUGGGAGUUAACUCAGUGUUCCACUAAAUUAAUUCUGCAUACUAGAAAACACAAAACCAAGUAAACCUUCCAAAGGCAGAAGUUGGUAGCUCUUAGGGAUCUAUAUAGUAAUUUGCAUGGUAGAGAUCCAGUAAAUUUGAUCUUCAGCUAAAUACAAUGGAAACUUUCAUAACAAAAACCAGAACCAGCCAUAAAGGCCAAAUGCCCUUUUCAGAUGAGAUUAUCAACUGUAUCAGUAGAGGGGAUGGGAUCAUGGAGGAGGAAGUGUAAAUUAUUAAUGAAGUUAAGUAUACACAAAAUAUUGUAUGUGGCAAUAGUAUCAACAGAAACAAGCAAGUGGAUUCCUGAAUUAAGAUUCAAAAUAUUGAGCAGUUUCUGUAGUCUUCCAGAUUUUAAUUUAAAAUUGAAACCAAUUCCCUAAUUUGUUAAUUUUUGACAAAAAACCCCUUAGUUCUGCUUUAGGGUAGAGAAAUUUCCUGCUUAACAGAAGACUAAGUGAUUAUUCAGGUGUUUUGCUGGGUAGUAUUCUCUGCUCCUUACAAAACGGAUUAUUUCCCUCUACCUGCUGAGUAAUCUUAACUAAGGAGGAAACAAGUUAGCUAAGUGAUACUUUUUAGAUACUUCAUACUAACAGGAGAAGAUGUUAUGGCCAGUAAUGUAUUUUCUUAAAGAAUAACUAAACCCCCAAAAUAAACCAAGAUCUCCAACAAGUACACAUCCUUGACAGCAAUUAUUAGCAUGCAAAUAAACAUCGUUAUUACACAAAUUUACUGAGAUGUACUGUAGUUUAUCACUAAGUUAGCAAUCAAUAUAUUCUUAUAGUUCUUUCCUUCAACCAAAUCAGAAGACAUUAAUGGAUUGUUUUGGCUUUUUUAAAAAACAUCCUGUGCACAAUAUUUUUUGGACUACUUAUAGAUUUUUUUUUUGGCCCAGAGAAAAUUAUUGAAAAUAAGUAAGGUCAUAUUUGUUAUUACAGUGGUUUGAAAACUGCAUCACUGUGGGAUUACUAGGAAAAAACCCUCAUUUUUAAAAAUGUAAGCCUUCUUUUAAAUAUGCAUUUACCUAGUAAUAUUUGGUCAGAUGCAUCAGUAAUGGAGACAGAAUCUCAUUCAGAGAGAGAGAGAGAGAGAUAUUGAGAGAGAAGAGAGCAGACAGGGAAGAGAGAAAAAAUGAAGUAAGUGGACAGCAAUGCACACAACAUACAUUUUGGUCUGGUGCUAAAAGCAAGCCAAAACCCACAAUGCAAGUCUGUCCUGAUAUGAGACAAGAACUGGGUUUCGUCAGAAUGGCAAUUAUUCAAACCCAAGUAUGGACAGCUGUUUUAUGAAACAAUUUGAGUUUCCAAACUGCACCCCGCUGAGGCAGCAUUUCUGUGUUGGAUGAGCAAUGGAAUUUGAAGCAUUAUGUAUCCUGAAAUCUGACAAAUAACACAGAGGUGGACUCAGAAGACUUUGCUGUAAACAAGUACAUACAUGCUUUUUUCAUGAGACUCAGAUAAAGAUUUAAGAAAGUUUUGACAGACCCCAGAGUUGCUUUUCUAUGAAGUUUUCCACUUCUGUAGGAGUAGAAUCUGACCAACUGUUAUCUUGAGACUUGUCAAAACAGAUUAGUCAGUUAUUCCAGGCAAGUCAGGAUGUACUGAAUUGCUGCACAGCUGCCCUCACCCAGUCACAGUGCUAUUAUUUCACAGUUGCAGAGACAUCUGUUUCAAGCAGACAUAGCUGAUUGAGACAGGAAGGCAGCAGUGCAGGAACAUUCAGCAGAAGAAAUGUUGGCAGGAUUUUCCUAUCUCCAGGUUCUUUCCUCAAAAUACUAGAUCAUUUCACAGUGUCAAAAAAGACUGCAGAACUAAAUCUUUCCCAGAUCACAUA